GCCGUGUUGGAGUACAGUCCCGCAGGCGUUUCGCAUACGCUCGCUUCCGCUCAUACUCGACUUAACAUUCCAAGGGCUGGGCUCGUCUACCGCCUCUUCGACACAUACAGUUCUUUGGUGAGUGCGAUCGCCUGCUGCUUGGCAAGUACCUUGCGUAGCGCCCGCAUUAAUAGCGAACGUCAUCAUGUAUGCCUGCAGCCGAUUCAUUGCGCCCGUCGCCAAAUCCACCAUCUCCGGUACCAAGACCUAUCUACGGCCGUUGAGCAAUGCCGUGAUCAGUCACAGUCAGUACUUACAACAGAGCCAAGUUCAAACGCCCGUUAGUUUGUCACCUGUUGUGCGUAGCUUCCAAACUUCCACAGUCAGUCGUGACAUCGAUUCUGCUGCAAAAUUCAUUGGCGCUGGUGCUGCCACUGUAGGAGUAGCAGGAUCUGGUGCUGGAAUUGGGUCCGUGUUUGGUUCACUGAUCAUCGGCUAUGCCAGGAAUCCUUCCUUGAAACAGCAACUAUUUUCAUAUGCCAUCUUAGGCUUUGCCUUAUCUGAGGCCAUGGGUCUAUUUUGUCUUAUGAUGGCUUUCCUGCUCCUAUUCGCCUUCUAAGCCACAAUAUCUGCAUAAGUACUGCUGAUAUAGUUUUAGUGCGUCACUGCCAAGGCAGCAUCGUCUGAUUCUAUGGGAAAGGCGGCUGUCUCUGGUUGCGCGGGAUGCCAUGAAAUCAUUAGAAAAGCUCGGAUUUUACAUGGUUUGGUGGGGUUGUGACAAUGAACAAGAAAUAAUAAAAAUUAUGACACAUCAUUGUACGAAAUUGUUCUUCCCCGUCCAAACUUCAGCUUAUUUAUAAUUAUUUCAUGGCCUAUUGUAUCUCAUGUAGUGUAUAAUUCACAUUGUUAUAAAAUAAUGGAUUUCAGUAUAAACGAAUGAACAAGACAUUAUUGAAAGUUCAAAUUAAAAGAAAACGAUAGCCUCACCCGCAUACCCAUACAUACACGUAUGUAUUCUGUUAGAGUGUCUUAUGUGACAUAGUACAUUUUUUUGAUGAUCGUUUUGUCAUCCAAUGGAGUCAUCAUUGUUCUGCCGCCGUGUACGCACGUUCUCGAGGUAACUCGACAAAAGAAAAAAGAAAAACUGUACAGUGAUACCGAAUAAACAUCUUUGACGUGAAAUCAC